AUGGCGGAUGUUGGGGAGGAGUCCACUCACGUGGCCGAGCCGCUCGAUCUCGUGCGACUGCUGCUGAACGAGGUCGUUUUUGUCAAGCUGCGCGGCGACAGAGAGCUCAAGGGCAAGCUUCAUGCCUACGAUAGCCACUGCAACCUGGUGCUGGGCGAGGUGGAGGAGACGAUCUACGCUGUCGACGACGACGAGGAGGACAGUGACGAGGUCAAGACAAUCAGCAGGAAAUCAGAAAUGUUGUUUGUGAGAGGCGAUAGCGUCGUCUUGAUCUCUCCGCAGGUUCCUUUCUAG